CUGAGACCAGCCUGGAAGUUUAUUUUAAGAAAAAGACCUGUUUUUCGUACGGGAAAUGGAAAUGGUCGAAAAACCAAAAAAGAAAAGAAAAGAAAAAGAACAACCGAAUAAAAUUGCACGUGGGUCAAGGGAAGACUGAGCCCACAGUGUAAUUGACUAGCAGACGUAGUCCGCAUUUCAUGCGCCCCCGUUUCGCCCCCGUUCGGUUUAGCAUGCCAGGCGCCAGGCGUUGAUUCCUACACACAAAUUUACAUAUCAAAACGGAAAGUUAAGUGAAUUUCAAGCGAUUACGUCUCUCACGGGCGGUUUCGAAUGCCCGUAUCGGUGCUAGUUGAAGUUUGAUUCGAGAGAUACUUUCCCUGGACGACAAACAAACGCUGAAAUCCAUUCUUCUCUGGGCAACAUGAUCUGUAAAGGAAGUGACGUCUGCGAGGGUGGACUCUCCCAACGACCGUUUGAGUGAUAUUUUAGUGUGAAGUUGCGUGUUUGUCAUCCUUGAGAAAUCGGUGAAAUUUGAGAACGCCUUAUGACAAAACUGUGCACGAAAGCGACGUGUCUUUUUGUACGAUUUUCUCCAUGUUGAUUGCGUACAAACAGCGUUUGAGUGGGAACGAUAAAUGGAACACCAUACUCCUACUUCAAGUGUGAAUGGCGACUGUUAUUAUGAUGGCGAAUCGAGUUACCAAGAUACAGAUGUCUGCGACUAUGAUCAGAAUAUUUUGCCAGAAUUGCUGGAUUCACAAAUAGACAGUACACUACAAGGUCUGGAUAUGGGCGCCAUUAAAAAGAACUGUUACGAAAGAACCCGCGCUGCCAUGGCGGCAAUAAAUCCUAUGUUGGCUAAGAGAGUAUUACCUUUGCCAAGUGAAUUGUCAAAGGAGGAAGCAGCAGCGAUUUGUAUCCAGGCCCACUUCCGAGGAUACCUAGCAAGAAAGUUGUUUGUACAACUUCUGUAUCAGAAGUUUAUCAAGGAAGAAGAAGAAAGAGAAGCAAGAACAAGAGAACAAGUGGAGGAAGGAGAAUUACUGGUAGAAAACUAUCGCUUAAACCUUGAAAUGGAAGAGAAUACAUGUUUACGUAAAAACGUUAGAAGAGGAAUUGAAUGUGAUGUUAUAACCAUUCAAAGAGCCUGGCGCCAACACAAGAAACAAUCUGUUGGACAGAGAGGAACAAGUUCAUAUAACAUGUCAAAUUUUGACGUGGAUUUACAACAAAAUUACUCUACCUCAGAUAGUGGCAGCUUUCAUAUAAGGACCAAUCCUUUUAUGGGAAGUAAUGAGAGUGCCUCUUACUGUGAUGAUGACAAUCUUUCUGAUGUUUUUAAUGACAGCCUUGAGCAAGUAUCAGAGGAGAAUUUUAGAAAUACUCAAGAGCAUGGACCACAUAGACACCUUUAUGAUAGUGAUCAAGUUAUUGAGGGUGACACUUUUAACGAUGAACUUCCUGGCAUAGAUUCCGUUAGCUCACCUGCAGAGUUGCCAUCACCAACUACUGAUUGGGAGUCAAUAGAAUCAUGUCUUACUUCAGAGGGUGAAACACAAGAUCUAGAAAGCAGCGAGCUUGUGGACACUGCAAAUGAAAGGUUAAAACACUUCUCUUUAAAACCCAAAGAUUUGCAAAUUUGUUUUGUUGAUGAUACUUUGCUUAGCGAUGUUGAAGGAGAUGAAGAUGGUUGCGAUAUAAAAGAGUAUAUUAUUGAUAAGCAAGAUGUUUCUGAUGAUGAGAAACGAGACUCAGGUUGUGUUGCGGGUGAUGAGGAAAUGUCUGAGUCUUUUAGUAUUAAAACAGUUAGACCAGAAACUCUAGGAAAUCAUGAAAUUUCUCAGGAGGAAACCAAGAAAGUUCUGUUAGAACUGAGUCAACAGGACAGCGAAGAGGAGGAGAAACAGGAGAGUUAUUCAACUGUAAUGCUAGGCUGGACAGAAGAGAGGUUACAAGAACUGACUAUAGAUGAACUCAAAGCACUCCAGAAGAACAUGGCACAGUUAAUUGAAGCUCAAAAUGAAGUGCUGGUCACAGAGUUAAUGAACAGAGAUAGUCUCCAUCUUAAACAAGAUUCCCUUCUCAUGGACGUUGAGGAUGCAUCAAAAAAACUGAAUCGUCGUCGACAAGGCAGGGCUUACUGAAUCUGUCAGCUUUGGAGUCCAGCUGUUGUCUGCAGUAUCCUGCAGUAGCUCAGAUUCCAUAUGAACAAGAUCAAUUGGGUUUUAUAAAUAUUUGUAUUGUUUCAUUGUUUUGUUGUUUAUUUUGCACAGACUUGCACAAGCACAAUAUCAGAAGACACAGAAAGGCAGAAAGAGAUAGUCACCACUGCACUUGUAUUUGCACACAAAAAUAUUAUUUUUGUUAAAUUGUAUUUUGUUUUACUUUAAAGCAGUUAGAUCAGAGAUUGGUUUCAAUCAUAGUUAGAGUGCAAAAUGAUUGUAUUUGUUGUUGAGUCCAAGUGAAGAAAAAUGUCUUCCAUGUUGUUAUUCUUCUAUAUCAAACGUUUUUAGGCAGAGUUACAUGUAUUUUCCAUAGACGAUUUGGAUGUCAAUUUUCCAGAAGGACAUUUUUGUUUUGGAAAUCUUUUAGUCUUUUGACAAAAUUGAAGUCCAUUUUUGUUAGGUUGGGCAAGUUUUCCUGUUGCUCUGAUUUGCUUUUGUUUAGAGCAAUGUUGAAUUCAGGUACAAUCAAUUUGCACCCUUUUAAUUAAUGUUACCAAUGGAUUUGAAAAUAAUUUUAUUUUUCUAUGUGAAAGUUAGAGAGAUUUAGGUUCUACGUUUGCACAUAAUAAAUAAAUAAAUACAUUAAUAAUACUUAUAGUAAUAAGACUAAAAUAAAUCAUUGAAGCCAUUUUUACUUCACCUGUGUUUGAAACAAGGUUAGGCUGUUCGUUGGCUGUUACAGGAAACGAAGACAGGAACAUUUCUUAACUCUUUUUGUUGAUAUUGAACCUCAUUAUUCAUAGAUUCAGUAAACAGCGAAUUUCAUGUGUUGUGACUCCACUAGUUCACUUUCCCUCCUUGCUUGUCCCAGAUUUUUUCACUAUUUUUGGCAGCAAAAUAUUAUUAUUAAUUCGUUGGCAACCAUGAGGGUUCGUAGGAGGUUUCUUGGUUUCAUUUUCAGCUACAGGUCGGUAAUAAUGGUUACAAUUCUGAAGUAUUAUUUCUAUUUAGUUGGUAUCUAUGAUGUGAAAAGAUGCCUGAGAUUGUAUUGGUUCAUGAGAUAUAGUUGAUUAGUAUUUUAGGAUAACGGAACUUGUGAUUCAAAUAGUUUAGGGCACUUUGUUAUGUACACAGCUACAAGAAUAUUAGAUUAGAGCGCUGUUUACAAAUGAAAGCUGGAACAUGCGAUCAGCUUUAACCUAAAGUGAAGAAAUUUGGUAAAUUUGCAGUCACUUUGAAAUGAAAUGAUAUUGAUAAAAUUUGAAAAGCGUUUUUCCAGGGACGAAAUCAUUAACAGCAGAAGAUAACCAAGGGAACUUACAUAAAUUUCAAACGUGAAUCUGUUACAGUAUGAAUCUUUAACAUGUACAAUAUUAUGCGCAAAGGCUUGCAACAGGGAAACAAUUAACGUUUUCCUUUGUCUUUAGACAAUUUGUAUAAUUAUAGUAGUAGUCUACUCUACUAUGAUGUAAUGAUUGAUAUUCACGUGCGUUACCUUAGGGAUCAGUGCUGUCAGUCAUUAUGACGUCCUUGUUGAUUGCAUCUGCUCUCUAAAAAUAGAUUUUGAAAGUUCGACCUUGAUCUGACUUCCCUUGCUUAUCCUCUCAAAUUUUGUCUUCUGAGCCUAUUAGACAAGGGUUAUGCCUUUUAUGUGCAAAGAGCUUAUUUCUCAAUCAAAAACAAAUUACUGCUAAGAUUGUGUUAGUGGUUUAACGGCAGAAUGUUAGCAUGUUUAAACUUUUUAUACUCGCUUUUUUGCCCCGUUACGGUGACGGCGGUCACGUGAUUGGAUGUGUUCAGUGAAAUGUAAGUGGCAAAGUUGUCGAGUUCCCCAGUCUGUUUAUCAUACUGAUUUUCUAGUACCCUUUCCCACCUCCACUAGAGAGGAGCGGUCAAACAUUUGAUGAUGCAAGCUACCACUUUAGCGGAGGCGGCGUGGCCCAGUGGUAAGGGCGCUGGAUUUGUAAUCCGGAGGUUCUGAUUUCAAAUCAUCCUCCCUGCCACUAGGUGGAUUUGUGUUUGUUGGUCCCAGAUUCAACUCCUCCACGCUUGAUAAAUAGCCAACUGGUCAGCCUCCUGCCAGUUGGAAUUUUUAACAAGUUUCUGUCCAAUUUACAAUAUUUGUUUGCUAAUUUCAGUGUCCACAAUUAGUACAGCCUUGCUAAAAACCUUCGACAUUGAAAUAAAGUGAUUUAUUUUAUUUUAUUUUUGAGACUGACAUCAAACGCUUAGUGAGAAAUUGGACAAAUGACCAACAGUCAACACCGCUGACCGGCCAACUUCAAACAGCGAGUAACUUCAUGUGCCCUUUCCAAAAGUUCACGCCAAAAGAGAGAGUUGACUGUAUAUCUAUCGUUAGUUAUAUCAGCAGGCCUUACUGCGAACAACGUUCAGUUUGCUAGUACUGGAGCUUAUUUUUGUAUUGUAAUUUAAUUGGAAUUACUCUUGCUUCAAGUAACAUGCUAUCGUUCAAAAGAUAAAGUGAUAUUAGUUAGCGUCAAGUGUACAUAUGAAGAAAAAUUGAAACUAGAUGUAGCAAUAAAAUUAUAGAAGCGUGAUAA